CGCGACCUGUUUACUGUGACGCGUCAGGGUGUGUCCCCAAUUAGCACAGUAGUGCAGGUUAGCAUCAGAGCAGAUUCACUAGUCUACCCUGCUUCCAACAGUGCUCUGACUUGGUUUACUGAAGAGAGGAGACCAACUGAAGGAUUAGUAUGCCUCCUCACAGACAUCAUCAUCAUCACCACCAUCAUCAACACCACCAGGGCCAAAGCCGGCACCAUACCAGCCAUGGCAGCAGACACAAACCCAGCGAGCUGUUCUCCAACCCUGCCUUCUCUUACUACCCCGACGAGGAGCUCGUCCACUUCUACCCCUGGACCUCCCCUCCUGGUGUGAUGAAGAUCAUGUCCAUCAUCAUCAUCAUCCUGUGCGUGGGCAUCUUUGCCUGCGUAGCCUCCACUCUGGCUUGGGAUUACGACAUGAGCAUGAUGGGCCUCUCUGGUGGGAUUGGGGCGGGAAUGGGGGGGGGGUCGUAUGGGGGGUCCUACGGGGGGGGCAUGGGAGGCAUGGGGGGCAUGGGAGGCAUGGGGGGCAGCGGAGGCUACGGGGGGGGGACCUACACAGACCCGCUGGCAGGCAAGGCCUUCAUCAUCGCCAUCUCUGCCAUCACCUUCCUGGCUGUUCUCGUCAUCUUCAUCCUGGUGGUGUCCAGACAGAACACGUCUCGCUCACCCUCCUUCUACCUGGCAGCCGUCAUCAUCAGCGGCAUCCUGGCCGGCCUGAUGAUCAUCGCCACCAUCGUCUACCUGGUGGCCAUCAACCCCACCGCCCAGACCUCCAGCUCCGGCAAUUUCAACCAGAUCAUGCAGCUGUGUGCCCAGUACCAGAACCAGAACCAGGCCAGCGGCAUCUUCCUCAACCAGUACCUGUACCACUACUGCGUGGUGGAACCACAGGAGGCCAUCGCUGUGGUGAUGGGGGUGCUGGUGUUCGUGGGCCUGAUCAUCCUGCUGGUCUUUGCUCUGAAGACGCGGCAGAAGAUCCGGCGCUGGGGCAUAGAGCGCAUCCUGUGGGAGGAGCCUAAGGCGCUCAGCGGAGGUGUGCCACACACCAUUGGAGAGUGGGUAAACAACGUCUCAGGCUCCCCGGACGUCUUGGUCAGUGAUGCCAACAAGCUGGUGAGGGGCUCCAGGGACUACCUGGACCAGCUGCCCCAGUACUCCAGCAAGCCCUUGUACCUUCCUGGAGACUCUGACAUCACCAGCUCUGUGGCCGUCCAGCUGCGAGACCAGGACGGAGCUGACUCUGCUGAUGAGCUGGACCAUGUGGACUUCAGCUCGGAGUUUCCCCCCAUUAUGAGUGAGCAGCAGCGUUUGGACUACAAGCAUGAGUUUGAGCAGGAGCACCAGGAGUACCGUGACCUGCAGGCAGAGCUGGACCGCAUCAACCUGGGCCUGGCCGGCCUGGACCGGGACCUGGGCCGGCAUGCCCCGGGCAGCCCGCACUUCCUGGAUGCUAUGGAAGAAUACACAAGAUUGAAGAAUUUGAAAAAGUCCCCAGACUACCAGCUGAAGAAGAAGAGGUGCAAACACCUGAGAUCCAAACUGUCCCACAUCAAGAGGAAGAUCAGCGAGUACGACCGCAGGUCAUGAACUCUGACCCCUGACCCCUUGGACUCUAUAGGCCCUCUGUUUUAAUAUAUCCAAUCAGAGCAGAGAAAUCCCAGUGUCAUAUAAUUGAAUUUUAUCUGAAGAUGAUCAAGAACGUAUUACAUCCUUUUAAUCUAUUCAACCCUCUCAGAUUUGUGAUUUCUUCAGUGAAGGACAGCAUGGAUGGUAUUAAAGAUUGAAGCAGGGUUAGGGUUAGGGUUAAAAGCUAAUCCGUUUUUUCAGGCAGACCAGUCAUUUGCUUUUUGACGGGUGAUAUUGAAACAGCUAAGAUGGUGAUUUUGAAACAGCUAAAAUGGUGAUAUUGAAACAGCUAAGAUGGUGAUAUUGAAACAGCUAAGAUGAGUGGACAUGAAAGGUCUUUUAUAACGUUUUACUCUGCAGAUGAAGACACAAAGGGGAGAAUUAUGUGAAUGUUUGGUUGAAGUUUCUUUAAUAUAUUUACCUUUCUUUAAUAAAUAAAAAGCUGGAGCUUUUUAAACUCAGGUUUCAGAAUAUUAAACAUCCAGAGAUAUUUUCUUGAAAAGUUUUCUGGAUCAACAAGUCCAGUAUAUUCAAGGCAUGACACUGCUAAGUUCUUAGGCCGUUGGAUUUCUAAUUAUUACGAAAUACUUUUAAGUUGAUAUUAUUGGUGAAUCAGCCAAGAGUUGUUCUGUAUUUUUUGUAAAGAUUUUAUAUGGCUUACUUUUUCUUAUUUUAACCUAUGUUAAUUAGUCAGACAAAUUAAUUUUGUUUUUUGUGAAACUUUUCAGACCUGGCUGGCCACCAGUAAUUUUUACAAUUACUUGUAUACGUUCAAAAACUAUUAUACACUCCAAUGAAUUAUUCUAUCGAAAGUAACUCGAAUACAUAUUCAAACAUACAGUUUCGGAAAUGGCUCCAAAGUGGUUUUUAUAUUGACUUUUCAACAUGUGUAGCAGUGUAACUCAAAUAAACUCACUUGUGAUUGC